CUGGUUUCGGUUUGUUGUCAGCGGCUGCAGGAAGCUGGGCAAAGUGUCAGAUUAGCACCGGGGACGAGCCUCUGCCACGUCAGACUGUAAACAGCCCCGGGGGCAGGACAGCAUUACGGCUUCCAGGGGGCUUAUUGACAGCUUACUGACAGCACUGCGGCUUUCUAACAGGAUAAUCAGCGCACAAACCCGAGCUGUACGUCGCUGAGUGGCACAGAGCUAGCGGGCUAACCGGAAGUGCUCGGGAGACUCGGGAGCAGCAACACAACACGAAACACCACGGCGGCCACUCUGCCUUUUUAUUCAAACAUUUUUGUGUCCGUGGCAGGAUGGAGGGCAAAUACAACCUGAAGAGCCCGGCGGUGAAGAGGCUGAUGAAGGAAGCGGCUGAACUCCGAGAUCCCACCGAGCACUAUCACGCCCAGCCUCUGGAGGACAACCUCUUCGAGUGGCACUUCUCAGUGCGCGGGCCUCCAGACUCGGACUUCGACGGCGGGAUCUACCACGGCCGCAUCGUCCUUCCUCCCGAGUAUCCGAUGAAGCCUCCGAGCAUCAUCCUCCUCACGCCCAAUGGGAGGUUCGAGGUCGGGAAGAAGAUCUGCCUGAGCAUAUCUGGGCAUCACCCCGAGACCUGGCAACCCUCCUGGAGCAUCCGGACUGCUUUAAUAGCGAUUAUAGGGUUCAUGCCGACUAAAGGAGAGGGGGCCAUAGGAUCGCUGGAUUACACUCCAGAAGAAAGAAAAGCCCUGGCCAAGAAGUCUCAGGACUUCUGUUGUGAGAUGUGUGGGUGCUCCAUGCGGACGGCUCUGCUCGCGCUGAUGCCCAACAGCGAGCGCCAGCCUGUGGACCUUCAAGCCCAACAGCUAGCACAGCAGAUCAACUUUAAGGCCGAGUCCAGCACAUCAUCCACCGCCAGCGGGAGUAACGAGACGACGAGCGCUAGCCAAGCCGCCCAGCAUGACACCAGCGGCAUCUCCGAGGCGCUUCAAGACAGCGUAGGAACGGCUCAGGCCGAACAGCCCGAGUCGGCAUCCGAAUCCGCCUCCACUCCUGCAGCUCCCAGCUCGCGCUCUCUGAGCCCCCGGCAGCGUCGCGCUCAAAACCGGAACCAGAACCAGAACCAACCACAACGCCGGCCUACCUACCCCGCGUUCCCUGCGGCGGCUCAGCAGGACGGCAGCCACACGGGCUCGGCCGUGCUCAUUGUGCUGCUCACGCUGGCCCUCGCCGCCCUCGUCUUCCGCAGGAUCUACCUGGCCCAGGACUACAAGUUUGACUACGAGCUCUGACCACAGAGUUUAAAAAACAAAAAAACACUCUCACCAAAACUAAACUGCCACCAACCUUUGCCACCUCCCAGCUGCCACGUUCUCCUUAGUGAUGCCUGAUUGUGCGUAAUACCAAAAGAGGAUGGCAGCACAUACUGUACUUUAUUUAGAAACGAUUCGCAUCUCUAGUGUACUUAAGGAAAUGACUGACUCGUGCACAUUUACCUAAUAUGGUUUGCCCGGAAUAUAAUGGGAUGUGAUAUCCUGAUAUGUUACAUAACUAGGAUAUAUCUAAAGCAAGCUACUUUUAAUUGAGGUAAAAUUUUAUUUAUGAAGCUGGAUUUAUUCAUAAAUCACUCGUUGGAGCAUUUGCACGACGCUUAUGGUAUUCAUGAAAACCCUCUUUAGUUUGUGCCUCCUGGUUUGUUUUAAUUUAUGUAUAAGGAGACUUACUAAUGUGAAACUUGAUUGAUUUUAAAAUCGCAUAAUUAGCAGCGGGUUUGCUGUAAAAAUUCUAUGUUUUUAAAUCUGAUAGGAGGUUUUUUGUUUUUGUUUUUCCAGUCGUCCUGCAGAGAACAUUUACGCAAACCAAUAAAUUGAUAUUGAAAAUCUGCCAUAGAACAAAAAUUGGCAAGUUUCACAAAUUUCAUGCAAAUGACAAAAAGCAGUGUUCUCACUACAGAUGUAUUUGAUAGUGGCCUCCGGAAAUACUAUAAUAUGGUGACGCAUAAGAACUCAUUUUUCUUGUUCAUAUUUUUUUUUUCCCUCUCUUUAGUUUUUUUGGGCUGUAGAAAAGUUGGGAAACUGUUUACUUUUAAAGCAGAUAUCUGAUUCUCAUACCUCAAAGGAAACGUCAGAACUAAAACAGCGUAGUAAAUCUAAUGUAAUGUUUUUACUCCUGCUUGCUAUUUACAUGUUAAAAAAAACAUAAUGAACAAAUAUCUGUCAUUCAGAUAGGAAAAAGAACAGGCAUUAUUCCCUCGUAGGUUGAAGGAGAGUGUGGGAGUGUGUAAUUUUGUUAGCUUUGAAGUCAGGAACUGUUUGCUGGCAGUGGCAGUGACGAAACUCGGCUUAUUGGUGGAUUUUUCAGCGGUUACAUAGUCAUUCAUAGUAAACAGUACUAAACCAGUUUCACCAGGCUUUAUUGCUGGUUUAAAAAAGAAAAAGUUUGGCUCUGUUUAGCUAAAAAAACAUCACUUCUGUUUAUGCCUGAACAUUUUGGUGGCAUCGCUUAAAAAAUAACAUCUUAGCAAGUGAAAAUAUCUUGAGUCUUGUCUGUUUUUUCUACAAUUUCAUUAAAUAAGAUUAAAAGAAACGUAAAUUAUUAGAUAAGUAAGCUUUUCUAAACAAAUCGUAUAAAAAACAUAUUUUGUCAAAUCAUUUUAUUUGUUCCCAGAAGUUAAUGCUUAAAACUUGCAAACUUCUGCCAAUAGGACUAGAACGUUUCACCUAAAUUUUUUUCAAACAAUUUGUCUAGAAAUAAUCUUUGAUUUGGUUUGUUUUAGGGUGGCAUGGUUGUGCAGUGGUUAACACUGUGGCCUCGCACCUCCAGUGUUGUGCAUUCAGAUCCCGCCUCAGGGUUGUUUAUGUUUGCCCUGCGAUAGAUUGGCACCCUGUCUAGGGUGUACCCCGUCUCGUGCCCUAAGUUUCCUUGGGAUAAGCGAGCGGUAUAGUCUCCUCCAGGCCUCCCCCAACAUUGUACACAAAACAAAUAGACGAUUAACAAAUAAAUCAAUAAUCACAUCUUAAGUUAAACUAUGGAUAAAUAAAAAGAAUAUAUUCAAGGUAUUUUUACUUGCUGUCAUUUUUUUCCAGUUUGUUAACCAUAUAGUUGUUUAUGUUUAGUCUCAAUCUAAACAAGUCACAUUCUGCUGCUAAGACGAAUGUGAGAGACGAAGACGAAGUUUCUAUUUUCAUUUAGCUUGAUGGGACGCGUGGACACCUCAGAAGUCCCCUCAAGAGCACUAACGACUUGGUGAGAGGGCGGGGCUUCGAGCUGAGUUGAUAUGGGAGAGUGCGCAGAUCAUUCCAGAUUCAUAUAUCUAUCUAUUCGUGGACCGUUUUUUUUUUUUUUUUUGGUUUUAUGCUACAUUUUUGUAAACACAAAAAAUUAUUUGCAGAGCUGGAAAGGUUUGGUAAUAUCAUACAAUCAGAGUUAAACAUCAGGGGAUAUUAUUAUGGCUGGGAAAUAUCAUAGAGAGAGAGAGAGGGGUAGAUUGUUAUGGCGCACAAGUGCGAAUAGGGUGAUUUGACUUUUUAAGUGGGUGAGGCAGGGAGGAGGUGGGGUGUUUUUAUUUCCUUAAUGCGAGCCAUUUACUUUCUUCUAACAAGUACAGUAUAAUUAUAAUAUUAAUAAUAAUAAUAAGAAGAAAUGGAUAAAGACAAGCUAUGAAUUGUGUUCUUUGGUUGCCAAGCUAAGAGAGAAAUACCUUCUGUUACAGGAUGCACACAAGCAGGAUGACAUCACAAACCUUAAAAACAUCAAAUUAUAAAAGGAAUACUUCAGCAAUAUUGCAUUCCUGUAGACUUUUUUUUUUUUUUAAUAAAAGCUAAUUUAUGUUAUGACCUAUGAACAGGAUUAAAGGACUUUGACAAGGCUUCUGAUGCAUGUGCUUUUAGUCAGGUGGUAAUAUUAAUAAUAAUAAUAAUAAUAUUGUCACGUUAAACUGCGCUCCACUCCAAAGUUACCAUGAAGUUGAAGUGUGUUAGAUUUAUUAGACAAGCUCAUACGGAACAUCUAUGCUCGUAAAUAAGGAUUAUUAGCCGAACGCUGUUGCAAAAUGCUCCUUAAUGAAUGUUGAGUCAGAAGUAGUUCAGAUGCACCUUUUCAAAAUGUCAGUUCACGUGUAGUGCUUUUAAUCGUGACCAGGAAUUUACAAAUGGCUCAGUUUUAACCUGAGUGUGUUGUGUGCUGUAAAAGCUGUUGUUUGAUUUUUAACAAGAUGCUGAUUAAAACUGGGAAAAUAAAUCGUG